AUGUAUUUCAGAUCUCUUCCCACAGUGGGGGCACUGCUCACCCUCUAUGCAACGCUAGCAGAUGCUGCCCUUAGCGCCUCCAGCACGAUUUUAAUAUUCGCUCGAGACGAGGCCGCGGCUACGUCGGGAUCAUAUGGCCUCCGGGGUUACGGAAUCCCGUAUGAGGUCGUUCUAGUGCCUGUGGAGGGAAUAGAGCUGCCAGAGUUAACAAUUUCGGAAACGGAGGGCAAGUAUGGCGGCUUCAUUAUUUUGAGUGAAGUUGGCUACGACUAUGAAGAUCAUUGGCGGAGUGCUCUUACGGACGAACAAUGGAAGGCGCUGUAUGAUUACCAGGAGCUCUUUAGUGUUCGGAUGGUGAGGCUGGACUCUUUCCCGAGCGCUGAAUUUGGUACUAGAGCACAACACCCUGCAGGCUCAGGCUGCUGCGAAGACGGUGUAGAGCAGUAUAUUAGCCUCACAAAUGCUACUGGAUUCCCCACAGCGAAUCUUAAGACUGAAGAGGAUUUGAGCACCGAGGCCAUCUGGCACUACCCGGCAGUUAUUACUGAUGAGUCCAUUGCCUGGCAGAUCGCAGAGUUUGGCCCUGCUGGGCAAUUCUUCGAGGAGCCCGGCACUGCGGCCAUUAUCAACCGCAUUGGGAACCGCGAGCAAAUGGUUUUUUUCAUAGGAUGGGCAACCGACUGGGCGCUGGUGUCGAAUUAUUUGCAGCAUGCGUACAUUCACUGGAUAACGCGAGGCCUCUUUGUUGGAAAGCGGAAGAUACACCUCAACACUCAAGUGGACGAUGUCCAUCUGGAAACUCCGCUUUACACCCCCCAAGGCGAGGGACCGGAGUUCCGAAUCAUCACGGAUGAUCUGGAUGCGCACAAGAAGUGGCAGGCUGAGCUCAACACACGCCUCCCCCCGGGGUCCAACUAUUUCAUCGAAAUGUGCCAUAAUGGUAACGGCGAUAUCAUCACUGCUACCGACACAGAUUAUGGCUGGGAGAUUUGUGAUCCCAAAGAUGCAGUGGACUACGAAUCUCCCCCCGAUACCGAUCUGGAAUUCAUGAAGCCUCCCGGCACUGGCACCAGUCUCUGGCCUCCAGACUUGCUGGAUUACCCCUGGGCCCUCGAGUGCUGCGAGAUCGACCCACUUGCGUCUUGGUUUAUGGUCCCGAGAAACCGCGACGUCUUUUCUCACGUCUCGCACACGUUUACCCACCUGGAGCUGAACAAUGCAACGUACGACGAUGCAUGGCGCGAGAUUGCCUUCAACAGAGACUGGCUCAAUCAAGUGGGGAUUUCUGCUGCUCCGAUGUUCUCGGGUUCCGGCAUCGUACCGCCUGCUAUUACCGGUCUACACAACGCGGACGUUAUUCAGGCGUGGCUUGAUAAUGGAAUCGUGCAUGUUGUUGGUGACAACACCCGACCGGUUCUUCGAAAUUCGGAGAGCCCAUUCUGGCCCAAGAUCUCCAACGAGGAGGAUAAUGGGUACCCUGGCCUAGUUAUUGUUCCUCGAUGGGCUACAAACAUCUACUACAACUGCGCGUCGCCAGAGUGCACCGUCCUCCAGUGGAUCCAUACGACUACCAUCAGCGAGGACGUUACUUUCGAUGAUCUCCUUGCAAACGAAGUUAGGACCAACGUCCGCUACCUAUUGGGAUUGCAGCAGGACCCAUACAUGUUCCAUCAAGCCAAUAUGCACCAAAGCGAUGUGGAAGAAGUUACCAUCGGCUCCGAAACUGGUACCUUCUCGCUGCUCCAGAUCUGGGUCGAGUCUAUUACUCAGGAGCUGACGCGGCUGACAAACUGGCCUAUCCGCACAUUGAAGCAUGACGACAUCGCCCAGCUAUUUCUAGAUCGUAUGGCACUAGACCAAUGCAACCCUAACUUGGCGUAUAACUACUCCGACGACGGCACCAGCAUCGUCGGAGUAACGGUUACCGCCAACGACAACACAUGCGAUGUUCCGAUCCCCGUGACAUUCCCCGGCGCAGCCAGAACGGAGGACGGCGAGUCUCGAGACGACAAGGUCGGAGAGGAACCACUGAUCAUUUGGACAACGCUCAGUGGAUCCCCCGUUUCGUUUACCCUGGACGAGUCCAUCGCAUUGCUCUAA